GCGGCCGCCGUGAGGGGCCGGGCGGGGCCGUGAGGGACGGGCGGGCCCGGCCCCGCCUCAGGGCACGGGCGGGCCCCGCCAUGCCCGGCCCGGCGACCCCCGAGUGGCCCCACGCCCCGCCGGAGCCGCCCCGAGGCGCCGCCCCGGUCGGUUGGUUGGGCCAGGGGAAGGCGACGCCCGCCAUGAGCUCGUCGGCGCUGCUGGCUGAGGGCCCCCUCGACCCACCGGUGCUGCUGGCCGACAUCAAGACGGAGCCCCCCGAGGAGCUGCUGGCCAGCGACUGCAGCCAGCCCCAGGCCGAGCCCGUCGAUCUCUCCCUCAAUAAAUCCAAGGUGGCUCCAGCCUCGGCCCCGCCGCCACCGCCCCCCACCUCGGUCCAGUCUUCCCCCAUGCUGGUGGCUCCCCCGGUUCCUGCUCCCACCACCGUGUCCAUCCCGCCCUCCGGUCUCAGCUCCACCUCGGCCAUCCCAGCUGUUCUCUCACCCGGCUCCAUCCUGGCCUCCACGCAGGGCAGCGGCGGGCAGCAGAUCCUCCACGUCAUCCACACCAUCCCCUCCGUCAACCUGCCCAGCAAGAUGGGCAACCUGCAGACCAUCCCCGUGGUGGUGCAGUCCCUCCCCGUCGUCUACACCACCGUGCCCACGGACGGCGUCACCGCCAUUACCGUGCCCCUCAUCGGGGGGGACGGCAAGAACGCUGGCUCUGCUUUCCUUUCCCGGACCCCUCCAGUGAAAAUGGACCCUGGCUCCGUGUACCCCAUGGACAUGAACAGCGACAGCGAGGACAGCGCCUCAGAGAGCGGCCCAGCACCUUUCCAGGACCUCCAGAGAGAGCCGGCGGCGAGGGGGCCCAGAGCCGAUUCCCCGGACCUGAAGAAGCGGCGCAUCCACCAGUGCGACUUUGAGGGCUGCAAUAAAGUCUACACCAAAAGCUCCCACCUCAAAGCCCACCGGAGGAUACACACAGGCGAGAAGCCCUACAAAUGCACGUGGGAAGGCUGCACCUGGAAGUUCGCCCGCUCGGACGAGCUCACCCGGCACUUCCGCAAGCACACGGGCAUCAAACCCUUCCGCUGCUCGGACUGCGACCGCAGCUUCUCCCGCUCCGACCACCUGGCCCUGCACCGCCGGCGGCACGUCAUGAUGUGAGCGGUGCCCGCCGGGCUGGGCCGCGCCGGGAGCCGGCAGCGCCUCCCUCCCUCCAUCCAUCCAUCCCCACCCCGCGGCUCCUGCGGGGCGGGGACUGCGGGAGCGCCGGGGCCGAGCCGCGCCCGCUGCAGGAGCCCCGCCGGCACGGGACGGCAAACAAUGGAUUCUGGACUGCUGCCCCUUCUCUCCUGUACCCAGUUGUUUUUCUUCCUGGGUUUGUCCUCGCCUGGAGGCUCCUUGGCUCCUCACCUGGAAUGCACCCAGCAGCUGCCUCAGGCUCUUCAGCCCCUCGUGUGUGCUCCCUGUCCUGUGCCCCUCCCAGUGCCAAAAUCUGGGAGCCGUGGUGAGGACGGGGGCAGGGGGUGAUGUGCCCUCGUGGAGAAGCUGUUGGCCAUUCCCUCUCCAUCCCCAGACUGUCCCAGCAGGAGAGGGGACAUCGCCUCUGUGCGUGUCCCUCAGCGCGUGCUGGGCUUCAUGGGAAGUGCUGGGGGCACAGAGAGCCAGGAGGAAAAGAGGAAUCAAGAAGGGGGGAAAUGCAACCCAACAAUGACCCACAAACAAGACCAUCACAACCACAAAAAGGGAAACUUUGUGGAACAUGGAACUUCUAUUUUAUGGAAUUCUACGAGGGGGUGGGACAGGGUGGGGGGACGAGGGCCAGCAGCUCUCGGGUUUUUUGGAAGACUCUGGGCCACUUGAAGUGUUUCUAAGUUAAACCAGCGGCUGUGGCCACACGCUUUGCUUUUUAAUCAUGGUUUUUGUGGAGUGUUUCUUCCAUCCCCCUUCAGCCAGUCCCCUGGUUGCUGGGAGGGUGUCAGGAUUUGGGGUGGGAUGCUGUGAGCUGCUGUGUGAUGGGGACCACGACACCUGCCAUGCUCAGGGCAGUCCCUGUGGGGGCUUGGGAGAAGCUGCCCAGACUCCCCCUGAGCUCUGGGGACACUUCAGGGACCUGUGACCCCUGAGAACAACUCACAGCUGCUUGGGAAAGUGCUUUUCCUCAGCUUCCCAUCCACCAGCCAGGGUGUGCCGUGGGCAGAGCUCGUCCCUGGCCUGAGCUGCGGGCCUGGGGCAGAGGGGCUGGAAAUUCCCAGGUGGGGAAUAUGUGUUCAAAUAGAUUCAUGGUAAGAGGCACUGUAGAAAUACCAUGGAUUGGCCUGGUCAGGGUGAGGAUGUCACCUUCCCAAGGGGACAGGGACAAGGCAGAGCUGUUCAAGGCAUUCUGUGUCCAGAGGAUGGACCAAGGGGCUCCCAGUGCCCUGAGCUGGAUGAGCAGCUCCCUGAGCUUGUGCAGGAUCUGCUAUUCCAGCUGGAUCCCUCCAAAUCCCUGUGGGACCUGCUGGGAUUCAUCUGAGAAUCCUCCAAGAGUCGCUGAUGCCAUCACAAAGCCUCUCUUGAUCAUUUUCAAUGGUCUUGGGAAUCCAGGAGGUCCCAAGAAACUGGGGACUGUUGUCCUGAUUCUGACCCCAGAGCCCACAGUCUCACUUCAGUGCCCAGUAAAAUAAUGGAAAAGAUUAUUCUGGGAAGCAUUAGAAAACACCUGGAGGACAACACACUCAUUGGUCACAGCUCCAUGAGUGGAAAGUCCUGCUUGUCCAACCUGAUUUCCUUCUGCAACAGGGUAUCCCACCUGCUUGAUCAAGGAAAGGCAGGAGAUGGAAUUUUUUUGGACUUCAGCAAAGCUUUUGAUCAUGUCUUUCUCAGGGUCCUUCUGGACAAAAUAUCCAGGCCACAGCUGGAUAAACACAUCCUGGGAUGGGGGAGCAACUGGCUCACGGGGUGACACCAGCCUGGCACCUGUCAUUUACUGGGGUUCCACAGGGCUCCAGCCUCAUCCCAGUUCUCU